AUGCGUAAAACAAUCACGGCUAGUAAAAGCUAUACAAAACAUAAAUGUGACGAAAUGUUCUGCAUACAUUGUAAUAAAUUGAAAAAGAAAGAUCAUCAUUGUUAUAUUAAACUGGUUAGAGAGCAAAAAAAUGAAUCACGACCCACUUUGUAUUUUUAUGAUUUUGAAACACGCGUAGAGGAGGAGGGUUAUAUGAUACCGUUUUAUUGUAUCGUGCAAAAAGUCUGUGAUGUUUGUGACGAAAAACCGUUUGUGAAAAAUUACGAACAUUUUCUACCGCAUCCGAGCGAAUCUUUUACGGAUAUCUCAAUCGAACCGGUGCUUUGCUGUGGGCAUCAACAAUAUGUUUUUGAAAAAAACAACGACGAUAUUGUAGCGGAUUUGAUCGAUUUCAUGAUGGCUCAACCCAAAAAUAGUGUGUGGGUGGCGCAUAACGGGGGGCGAUUUGAUAGUAUUUUUUUAAUGCGUGAAUUAUUAGUUCAUCGUAAACUUGUACCCAAUGUUCUAAUGAAUGGUAGUAAGGUGAUGUCCUUAGAGUUGGAAGAACGAAAUUUGAAAGUAAUUGACAGCUACCUAUUUCUUUCGAUGAGAUUGGCAAAAUUUCCCGAGGCUUUAGGGAUUGAAAACGUAACGAAGGGGUACCACCCUUACUUGUUUACCAAUUUAAAUUAUGUUGGCGAGAUGGUAGGGUUAGAAUAUUUUGAAUUACCCCCGGAAGGUAGUAAGGAACGAAAAGCUUUUGAUAAGUGGUAUAGACAACAACAGAGUAAACCCUACGUGUUUCGUGAGGCGAUAUAUUAUUAUUGCUGCCUGGAUGUGGAUAUUUUAAGACAGGGUUGUAUCAUAUUCUCCAGACUUAUCUAUCGUAUUACGGGCGUAUUACCCUUUUACGACCGCACAUGUAAUACUGUGGCGGGUUUGGCUCUAAAAAUAUAUCGUAAAAAUUUUCUAAAAGAAGAGCAAAUUGGACAGGUGCCAGCAUGUGGUUAUGGGGGUAAGAAUAUUAAUCAAAGCGCAAUCGCUUUGUGUUGGCUGAAAGAGAUUGAAACUAUGCUAAAUGAAAACGAUCUAAGAUUACGUAGUAAGCUUAGUGUGGAGGGUGAGGCACGCAUUAUGUCACGUUAUGUUGACGGAUAUUGUGAAGAGACCAAAACAAUAUAUCAGUUUCACGGUUGUUUUUAUCAUGGGUGUGAGCGUUGUUACGAUGGUGAUUGUUACAAUAGCGUUUUAUGUGCGAAAUUUUUUACACUGUUGGCUAGCACGCAGAUAUUAUCGCGAACGUUUCGACAAGCGGGCUAUACGGUUGUAGAGAAAUGGGAAUGUGAUUAUCGCAACGAUGUCGACAUGACACCAUAUCGUUUAAAACAAUUGCGUCUAACAUCAUUUUUCGAAUUCAUCCAGUUGGAACCACGUGACGCACUUUUUGGGGGGCGCACAUCCCCUGCUACACUAUAUUAUGAUAUGAAACAUACCGGAUUACGGGCAAUGUAUUUUGACAUAUGCUCUCUUUACCCGUAUGUGCAGAAAAAAUUUGAAUAUCCUACACAACAUCCGGUCAUUUUUCGGGGUCCCGCAUGUCAAAACAUCGAUGUAAAUCAUGUGUUUGGUUUAAUUAAGUGUAAAAUUUUACCACCCACACACUUAUUGUUUCCUGUGUUACCAUUUCGUUCGGAGAAAUUAACAUUUCCCUUGUGCCGUACGUGUGUACAACGGCAGCAGAGUGAUCCAUGUCAACACGAUGAUGAACAGCGUGCACUAUAUGGCACGUGGACAAGUAUAGAAAUUCAGAAAGCUUUACAAUUAGACUACCGUAUCUUAAUUGUUUAUGAGAUUUAUCAUUAUGAGAAACGUGAAAGAAUAUUCGAUCAAUAUGUAAACACAUUUAUAAAACUUAAACAAGAAAGUAGCGGGGUACCAAAAAAAUGUCUAGACCAAAACGGUGCGGUUGUCCAAGAAAAGUUGCAGGAAUAUAUUGACGAUUAUCAAAAGCAUGAGGGCGUUGUUUUGGAGGCUGAUAAAAUGUCUUAUAAUGCAGGUCAGAGAAUGGUUAUGAAAGCUUUGUUGAAUUCCUUGUGGGGUAAAUUGGCUCAAAACGAAGAUGUUACGGUUGUGUCAUUUUUAGAAAGCCUGCACGAUUUGUUAGAAUUAGUAAACGACCGCACUGUGGACGUAACCUCUUUAGAUUUUAUUAGCGACAAUAUCGCAAGAACAACACAUAGGAAAACAGCGAGUCUAACACCCCUACCCAAUCGUAAUGUGAUUAUCGCCUCCUUUGUCACAGCGUAUUCUCGGUUGGAAUUAUUAGAGUAUUUGCUUAAAUUAGGGGAAAAUGUUUUGUACUAUGAUACAGAUUCGGUGAUUUUUAUAGAGGAUCGUGCUAAUGGUAAAUAUUUAGAAACCGGCGAAUAUUUGGGUCAAAUGACCGAUGAGUUAAUUGAAAAGAAAACAAGCGCAAAAUGGAUUGAACAAUUUUGUUCGGCAGGGCCGAAAUCCUAUUCGUAUCGUACGAAUGUCUAUACGCGUUACAACGAUGACGGUAGCGAAAGCAAACAACAAGAUGAAAUUGUGUAUGUAAAAGGGUUUUCAUUAAAAGGGGCUGCCAAAAAACUGUUAACAUUCGACAGCAUUCGAGAGUGUGUGGAAGAUCCUUCCAAAGAAAUUGAAAUUACCUAUCGGGAAUUUGUGCGUGAAAAUACACAAAGUAUUUCGGUGCAACAAAACAUGAAAACAUUUAAAUUCACCUUCGAUAAACGGGUUGUGCAUGAAAAUUUUACAACCACACCUUUUGGUUAUCAAUAA